AUGGAUACAGACAAUAAUCCACCUCCGCCUUACACAGAUGGACGCCCCUUUAACACGGAUCCCCGCCCACCAAAAUAUGCUCUACCGGUAUAUCCCGAUACUUCUCAUACGAGCAUCACAACUCCGCCCACCUUCCACGCUUUAGAACUGGAUCACCGGGAGACGAUCUUCCCUUCGGGCCCUUCCCCUAUCUCGCCUGCUUUUGCGAAGGGAGUCUUGCGCUGGUGUUGUGUCGUUAUUACUGGAUUUUUGCUGGCGGCGUUCUGUGUCAAUUUGUGGAUUGGUUUGGCAAUCCAACGCUGGCGAUUUUAA